AUGUUGAAAGUUCGCUCGGCAUCGUUCGAUGAGAUCCAAUUAGAGGCCCAGCGCGCUGCCCUUCUGCGUCAUCAGUCGUCGGCAGAUGAGCGUUCGGGCCUGUUGCAGGUGCCACAGGUGACAAAUCAACGAUCACGGAGCUUUGAUUCGGCCUCGGGAACGGGAGAUGAGGCCAGCACAUUCCUGGAGGUGCCGAAGCGCUUCCAGCGACGACGCUCGUCCGGAACCAAAUCAUCACCACCGGCGUGCAUUCAUUGCCAAUAUCUGGAGGAGUAUGAACGGCAAGUGAGUGCGGAUCAACUGUACUUUAUCGAUCAUCAGGAGGUGCGAUCACUGAGCUAUAGUGACACAUCGAGUAGUGAUGGGGAUGCGGACGAUGAGGAUGCAAGUGAACCGGAGUAUGGGAACAUACUGUUGCCACCGCCCACGCCAUUCACGCCCUUUCCCCCAUCCUCACCGUGCGGCAUCACGUUCACUCUAUCACCGACUCACGCUGAUGUGCCGACAUUCUUGCCACUGGGCUCCCCACCGGCUCAGAUGGCGCCGCUGGUGUUCUCACCACCGCCCAUGGAACAGCUAUCAUCGCCUCUCGCCACAUCGCCGCCGCCAUUCGAUGAAUCGCCACCGCCUAGAGCGCGGCGACGCUCAAUAUCGCGCCAAGAGGCGGUAUUCGUGGAGCCUCUGGAGAGCUCCCUGGAGAAUGUGGCACACGCGAGUCGGGGUGAGGAGGUGGAGGCCCAAGAGUCGCAGGACAUCAAGACGGAGGAUGAGGAGGAGGAUGAGAAGCCAGUGCCUCCGGAUGCGGUGUGUGACAUAUAUUUGGCUGUGCCAGAUCUCAAACGUGAUCGUGCCGCCUCGGUGGAUUCGUGCUUCACCAAAGUGCCAUCGUCUGGGAAAGCAGAGGAGGUCCAGCCACCGCCCGAUGGUGGUCUCACACUCACAGUACCCAGCAAUGCCGUUCGCUCGAGAUCUGUGGACAUUGUGUUGCCAACAGAUGAACAGGCACGCUACAAAGCACUGGCCAUGGCCGGAGCCGCGGCCUAUUCGCAAGUCCACAAAGGAAAACACGACGCGGACUCGAGGGCGAUUCGAUGUACGCCAGAUUGGAGCGAAAACGCCGUGGCGGGAGAUCAUCUGUGGAUGCCCACCUCGGUGUCUGGUGAUUGCUGCUACGUGGGGGACAAUGAGUGUGUGAAACAUGGACCACGGAUGAAGUGUUCAGCAUGCAAAAUAAUCGCCCAUGCAAAUUGCAUUGGUAUUCUAAUGGAGCGCAAUAAACUAUCGUGCAAGCCUACCUUUAGGGAUGUUGGUAUACGACAAUAUAGGGAACAAACCACGACUCAUCAUCAUUGGGUGCAUCGACGGACGGAAAAAGGGAAAUGCAAACAAUGUGGAAAGUCGUUACAAGCAAAAUUGUCGUUUGGAUCGAAGGAAAUUGUUGCCUUGUCAUGUGCAUGGUGCAAAUCGUCAUUUCACAACAAGGAAUCCUGUUUCAAUCAACAACGAAUUGGCGAAGAAUGCUCAUUAGGAAUACAUUCCAGUAUUAUUGUGCCUCCGUCGUGGAUUGUCAAGUUGCCGCGCAAGGGAAGCUUCAAGUCAUCACUGAGGAAGUCUCCGCGCAAGAAGCAAGUUGGCAAGAAGAAGCCCAAGGAGCGAGAGCCACGUACAUUUGUGAUUAAACCAAUCCCAACGGCCAAUGUGAGACCAGUGAUCGUAUUCAUUAACCCGAAAAGUGGUGGCAAUCAGGGUGCCAAGCUUCUACAGAAGUUUCAGUGGCUAUUGAAUCCGCGCCAGGUGUUCGAUUUGACCCAAGGUGGCCCAAAAUUGGGGCUGGAAUUGUUUCGCAAAGUGCCGCAAUUGCGUAUAUUGGCAUGCGGUGGCGACGGCACUGUCGGAUGGGUGCUCUCUGUGCUGGACCAAAUUGGUUUCACGCCUCCGCCCGCGGUGGGUGUGCUGCCGUUGGGCACGGGAAACGACCUGGCACGCGCUCUGGGCUGGGGCGGCGGUUACACGGAUGAGCCCAUCGGGAAGAUUCUCGGCAAUAUCGGGGACUCAGAUACGGUGCUUUUGGACCGCUGGAGCCUCAAUGUGGAGCCAAAUGCGUCAGCGAAGGACUCAGCGGAUGGGAAGGAGGAAUUGCCGCUGAAUGUGGUGAACAACUACUUCUCCAUGGGUGUGGACGCUCAUAUUGCGCUGGAGUUCCAUGAGGCGAGAGAGGCCCACCCGGAGCGAUUCAACUCCCGCCUGAGGAAUAAAAUGUUCUACGGCCAAGCGGGUGGAAAGGAUUUGCUGAAGCGCAAGUGGAAGGGUCUGGCGGACUUUGUGACGCUGGAGUGUGACGGAAAGGAUCUCACGCCCAAGUUGCGAGAGCUGAAAGUGCAUGCCAUUGUGUUUCUCAACAUUCCCAGCUAUGGCGGCGGAACGCAUCCGUGGAAUAAGUCUGGUGGGCAAUUUGAGCCGGCGACAGACGAUGGGAUGAUUGAGGUGGUUGGACUCACCACGUACCAACUGCCACUGCUGCAGGCCGGCGGUCAUGGCUCGUGCAUCACGCAAUGCAGGUCGGCGAAGAUCGUGACAUCGAAAACCAUUCCAAUGCAAGUGGAUGGUGAGGCGUGUAAGCUGAAGCCAUCCAUUAUUGAGAUAAAUCUACUCAACAAAGCUGUGAUGCUGGCAAAGCGAAAGCCCGGCAGGAUUAAUGUUCAGCAUUCGACGAUGGAGCCACUCAACAUUAGUAUUAAUCGAAUCACCAUGUCGGAUUACGAGCAGAAUCAUUACGACAAGGACUUGCUUAAACAAUCAGCAACCUCAAUUGGCUGCAUCGAAGUGAAUCCCAUUGCCGAUUUGGAGCAUGUCAGGGCGCUUGUGAAUAAGCACUGUGAGACAUCCACGGAAAGUGGCGUAAAGUUGUCAUCUGAGUGGUGUUUCGUUGAUUCAUGCACGGCAGAGAGAUUUUUCCGCGUGGAUCGAGCUCAAGAGCAUCUGCACUAUUUGACGGAUAUUGCCAAUGAAGCGCUCUAUAUUCUCGAUCAAGAUUGCCUAACGAUGCCACAGACACCGGAAGAUGAGACCGCCUUGGCGUCUCCGAGUUCACUUCAUCAGCCACCCAACUUGAGUCCGUCGGAAUUGAGUGAAAAGGAUUCGCGUGAGUGCACGCCACUGACGCCGCAGAAGAAGUUUUUCCAUCGAUCUCUGUCAGGACCAACGACCAAUCUCGAAAAUCUCUCACCAACGCUAAAUCGCAUGACGUAUCAAUCGGACUCUGACAAUGAAGUGAUUCGAAAUGGGAAAUCAUUGGACACGAAAACCAUCAACUUCAGAAGCUUUCACGACCGAUUAUUUAGUCUGAGUGAGGAUCCUUUUGGAUUCAGCAAUCUACUGGAAAAGACGACGGAUGUUAUUAUAAAAGCAGCAAAGUCCGGCGAUUUAUUGUUGCUGAAAGAGCUUCAUACACAAGGAUAUUCGCUGCUGUCCAUAGAUUCAACGGGACAAACGGCACUUCACUUCGCCGCUCUGUAUGGACAUAAAGAUAUUGUGAGAUUUCUCAUUGCUUACGCCCCAAACUCCAUUAUAAAUAUGCUGGACAAUGAAAAAGGACAGACUGCCCUUCAUGUGGCUGCAGCCCACAAGCGGCGUAGCGUUUGCUAUAUGCUCGUGGCGGCAGGUGCAAAUCUCGACAUUCAGGAUAAUGAGGGGCGAACGCCCAAAAUGCUGGCCAUCCUGGCUGACGAUCAUAAUUUGGCAACGUAUCUCGAGAACCAGGAAAAGUUUCAGUUGAUGAGUAGUGGAAGCAGUUCUUGAGAGAUUCACAUGAAAUAUCACCAAAUCGACUUUUUACUCUUUAAUAAUGUGAAAUACUGGAUGAGAAAAUAUUCUUAUCAGGAUUUCCCAUUAAAUUUAUGUAGAUAUUAUGUUGUUUAAAUUUGCAAUUGUGUACUUCUGUAGAAACAGAGAGACGAUUUUUUACCAUAUUUUUUCUCAAUUGUUUCUUUUGUCAAUGCAAAAUUGUAUAAUAAUUAAUCACAUAUCAAAGUGAAUAUAUAGGAUGAAAAGAUAAACAUUCCUUAUAGUUCUCAAAGUGAUAUUAGGACAAGAAAUGAUGAUUAUAAUGAAGUGUAAAUACAUAGUAAUUUAUUUAGUAAGAGACAUGGAGUAACGAACCCCUUUUCUUACUACCUUUCUGACGAAUUUUACCUAGUAUUUGAUUUUAUCCAAAUCCGUCAGUGCUCAAGAGAUUCAAUUCAAGAGAUAAUCCAAGUUGCUGCCCAUUUUAUUAUUUUUAAUUGAAAAGAAACAAAAAAAAUUAGCGUGUUUGUGAAAAUGCGACGAAAAACUGAGCAUGGAGAGAUAAGUGAGCAAGGAAUACAGUUGAUAUUUUUCUACGACUUAUAUAAAAUAUAAAAUUCACAUGCAUAUUCAAAAGGAAAAUACACAUGUCGUGAAGUGAGUAUAGAAAUAAUUAGAUUAAAGGGAAACUCUGUAAUAAUGUAAGUCAAAUGAAAAACGUCAAUUACUUAACAAAAUGUUAAAGUAUUUUAGAUUCGAGACAUGAAUGAUUAGAGGGUGUAUUUAUAAAUGCUUUUUUAAGCAAGAGAUAAUCUCUGAGUAGACCUUAAGAGCCUACUCUGCGUACGAGAUGCCUCUUCUUCAGUAAACUGUAGUGAUAAAACAAAAAAAGAAAAGAUAUGAGACAAAAAUGAUGGUAUUGUAUAAAGUAUGAACACUAGAAUUUAUCUUAAAACAUAGAUUUAAUUAUUUAUUCACGUGUAGGUAUAGAAAGUAGAAUGGGUAAAAUUCUUCUUUAUUAAAAAAAAAGCAUAUUGAAUGAUGUAAAGCUCUUGUGCCCCUGAGCUUUAUAUCAUAUAUAUAAAACCUACCGCAGAAGCCCUUUUAGUGUGUGAUUAACUAAGAAAUAUUAUACAUAUAUCAAGUGCUCGCAAUAACGACCAAUUCUCUAUCAUUUUUAAAAUGUAAACAAGAAGUUAGUACUCUACGUUGAUAUAGAAAAAUUCAGCUUUUUCCGAUAUAGAGUGAAAACAAAAAUAUUAUGGAGAAAAAGACUAUUUGUCUCGAUAUAAUUCUCUCUCAAAAUUUGACCAUUAAAAAUCAAUCGAGACAAAUAUUUUUUGCCCAAUAUUUUCAGCAAAAUAAAUUAGCUCUUUGUGUAGUUUUCCUAUUGAUUUUUGUUUUGUAUGAUUUCUAUAAAUGUAGUAAUAUGAUACAAAAGUAAGGAAUAAACUGAAAGAUAUAAGAGUUAUUUAGAAUGAUAUAUUUAGCAAAUGACAAUCCCUUUGGUAAGAGUUCUUAUUGAACAAAAGUUGAUUUCAAUUUUCUUGAUGAAAAUAUUCAAAAUGUAGUUGUGCUUAGAGAAUUAGAGUUAGAAGAACAAGUGAACGAUAAAAUUGUAGAUACACCAUAUACAGUAUAAGAAAAAAAACUGCUCUGAAAGAAUGAUGAUGGAAGUUUCCGAAAAUGCAAGUUAUUAUUAGAAGAAAGUACCCCAGAGACAAUCACUCAUAAUACGUCAGGUAGAAUGCAGCCUGCAUCCAUUUUAAUAAAGGUAUUAGUAAAUGAAAAGAUGUCAGUUUCUGCAUUAGUGCACGGCGGAGAAUUAUUACACUGUUGUGCAAAAGUGUGAUCGGAAAGAAUAUUACAUGAAGUGAUAAAAAGGCGUAACUCAUUUCGAAGGUAUUUUCCUAAGGAAACCGCGGAUACUUGCUGAUUCAGUUUAGUGGAAUAUUUAUUUAAUCAACUGUGCCACGCUCAUUCGGAUGAACCGCCCAAUGAUG